GCCUCGGAAGGAGCGCGAAGUUACGGCCCUCGCCACAAUCAUCAACCCUUCAACCCAUCUCUCCCACCCGUCCUCCCACCAUCGACAUUCUCUCCAUCAAGUUCGCAACGUCAUUGCCACCAAACGCCUCCCACCAACUCCUCCCAACAGCCAGGCCAGCCCCCGUCUCCGACGUCCCCUACAAGCUCGAGCUCGACUUCCACAUCCGCUACACCGCCACUCUCCACCUCGUCGACAUCCACCUCGCCAUCCUCCCGCACCGCAUCCCAGCACAGAGCCUCUUUCAUCAGGUCCCCUCAACCAGCCAGAUCUACAGUCCUUCUCUCUCAACCAGCUCGCGCCCCUCUGCUACCGCGACCUCGCCCUCCACCCCUCCGUCCGCGCCCUCGGCCGCCGGACCCUGGAACGCCUAACCCACCACAUCCUCCUCUUCUGCGAGCGCCGCCUCACCCCCGUCCUCGCCGCGCUCACCGGCGCGGGCCCCGUGAUCUUGCAGCCGAUCCCGCUGGUCACGAACGACGUGGCCGACGAGGAGGAGGGGCUGGGCCACAGUUUCGUGCCCGGCAGGGGGAUGCCGCGGGAUCGUGUCACGGGGGUAUCUACAGCCCGUCAUACCCUGAAAAGCUUCAAACAAGAUAA